AAACAAGAAUUAUGUCUAAAAUAUCAACAAAUAGUAAAAAAAAAAGUGGCCAAAAACAUCAAAAUACAUUUUCUUUCCAAUCGAAUAAAAAUUCAAAAAAGACAAAAUAUAUUAAUUCUUUACCUAUAAAUGGACUUUGUCAUAAAUGCAAAGAAAUUAUUGAAUGGCGUAAGAAAUAUAAAAAGUAUAAACCUUUGACGACCUUGAAACGUUGUGUAAAUUGUAACGAAAAGGCUGUGAAAGAAGCUUAUCAUAUUUUAUGUAGCAAGUGUGCCACAGAUAAAAAAGUAUGCGCAAAAUGUCAAGAAUCUGCAGAGAUAGUAUCAAGUAAUAAUAAAAGUGAUAAGGAGUUAUUGAAAGAACAGCAAGAACGGGAAAAGGUGUUAGAGUCAUUACCGGAACGUAAGAGAAGAACAUAUCUUCGCCAAUUGGAACGUGGUAAAGCACCUCCCUUAAGUCUCGUUCAAGAUUUGGAUGAAUUAGAUGAUUUUUCAGAUGAAAGUGAUGAAAGUGAUAAAAAUUAACAAAUUUAUUUAAUUGUGAAUUUUAUUCAAUAAAUACAUUUUUAAAAAAUUGGUUUAAAUUAAUAACUAUUAACUUUAUUAAAAUUGAAAUUUGUUUUUCCCGGCCUUAUUUUUUUUUU